UGACUGGGACAUGGUGGUGGAUGGUGGUGGAUGGUGGUGGAUGGUGGUGGAUGGUGGUGUGAGAUUUUAAUCCCAAUUUUCCUCACACUGGUACUUACUGAUAGUUAAUUAGCUUUGAUUGUGUGAAAUAGAUUACUUCUGUUGCUUUGCACCACUACUAGCAAUGUUCUGGAAGAGUUCAGUGGCCUGUGCAGUUUUCAUAUUUGCUGUUUUGAUCAAAACUUGAAGUUGAAGCUAGCAACGGGAUAUCUUGUUAGUUUGAAUUCAAAUUUUGAUCCACCGAUACGACAAUGUCCAGAAGAGGGGGCGGAGUUGGAGGACAAGGGAGGGUUCCUCUGAAACCCAGAGCUGGUUUCCAGCAGCCUGCCAAAGAUCCAAACGCUGUGUCCUCAGCCUUACUGAAGCAGGCAAUGCGCAGUGGGCAACUCAACCUGUCCAAUCGGGAACUUACAACAGUCCCAAGCAGUGUUUGGCGGAUUAACAUCGACGUACCAGAGGAGGCCAAGACAGUCUCACUGGACAAGACGGAGGAUGGUUGGUGGGAGCAGACCGACCUCGUCAAGCUCAUCCUGGCUUGCAACAAGCUCCAGGAACUGUCCAACGACAUACAGCAACUGCCGGCGCUCACUGUGCUGGAUGUGCAUGAUAACGUAUUAACCUCACUCCCGCCAGCAAUCGGGGAGUUGCUUAACCUGCAGAGGUUAAAUGUCAGUCACAACAAGCUGACAAGCCUUCCGCCGGAGUUGUUCCAGCUUCGUCAUUUGCUGUUGUUCCACCUCGAGCACAACGACCUGACUGAGUUACCCGAAGGCAUUGGAGAGUUCAUUCACCUCGAAGAACUGAAUCUCUCUCACAACAAACUGACCACCCUGCCUUACACAGUUGGACAUCUGGCCAAGCUGAAAACUCUGAAUAUCUCGAACAACCAGAUCACGUCCCUGCCGUCUUCCAUGGGUAUGCUCAAAGCUGUGAGGAUUUUGGAGGCUUCCAACAACAAACUGCCAGAGAUCCCGACAGAGGUUGGCGACAUGAAGUCGCUGGAGCAGCUGUUCCUGCAGCAUAAUGUACUUUCCGGCCUGCCCCUUCUUCGGGCGUGCAUCAGCCUCAAGGAGCUGCAUGCAGGCUACAAUCGCAUCACGGUCUUGUCCCCCGACCACCUGGAGCACCUGGCUACCGUCAACGUGCUGUCUAUGAGAGACAACAAGCUGACGCAUAUUCCGGAAGAGAUGGUCAACUUGAGGAGUUUGCAGCGAUUGGAUCUCACCAACAAUGACCUAUCGACCCUGCCCUACAAGCUUGGUACCCUGACUUCUCUGAAGUCUCUGGUCUUGGAUGGAAAUCCCAUGCGUGGAAUACGGAGGGACAUCAUUAGUCGAGGCACCCAGGGUAUUCUCAAGUUCCUCCGGAGCCGCAUCGAGGAGGAUCCGUCGUCAAAGGACGCCGCCGACAGCCCGUCGGCAUCGGAUCCGUCCAGCGCCGUCGGAGCAGUUGCUGCGGUAACCAGCAAGACCCUGGACUACAGCAACAAGAAAGCAACCGAAGUACCAGUGACCCUGUGGGAACCAGCUCGGGAGGCUGGAGUCACCAAUGUCAACUUCAGCAAGAAUGUUUUCGCAGAAGUGCCCAUGAAUGUCCUCCUCCUUGCUAAGACUGUGACAGAGUUGAAUCUUGGCUUCAACAAGUUGGCAUCAAUGCCUGUGGAGCUCCAAAUGAUGGUGAACCUGACCCAUCUAGACCUCAGGAACAAUGCUAUCAGCACCCUUCCCUCCGAGUGGAGCACCUUGGUCAAGCUGCGAGAGAUCUGCCUGGCCUGCAACCGGCUCAAGGAGGUACCGGCCGUGGUCUACCAGUGGGCUGACCUUGAGAACCUCCUGGUGGCAGACAAUCAGAUUGGGGCAAUCGACGUGGCCAGCCUGCUCAGGCUGCCCAAGAUAGCCAGCCUGGACCUGCAGAACAACGACAUCAUGCAGGUCCCACCGGAGCUGGGCAACGUCCAAACUCUGAGGUCCCUCCAGGUCGGAGGCAAUCCUUUCCGGAAUCCUAGGCCGGCCAUUUUGGCCAAGGGCACGCCGGCCCUUUUAGCUUACCUGAGAGACAGAAUCCCGACAUGAGGCUCACCAGGAUUUAUUGGCAUCACAUUUCUACUACUUGUUGGCUUAAUAGUCUCAUUUAAGACAUUUUCUGUGAUAGGCAUGGCAAAUGAGUGUAUAGACCCCUGCACCGAUGACGUCGCACGUUGAUUCACGUGUGCACGUCGUCACAGUUUUCACGAAGAGACAAUUUCCUCAUUGGAUUGCAAAACAUAGGUUUUGAGAAAAUCGCAUUUGAAGUUGGUCUCUUUUUCAAACGCCUAAUUUCAUAGAAUUUAGUCUUCCUUUAAAUUCACCAAUGCUACACCAUGAAAGAGUGGAUGUUACAUGACACAAAACUACAAAACAAAACUAAUAUUUUUAGAAGUUUAUUAAAGUUGUUUAUUUUGUUAACAAACAAGAUUGUCUGUUUGUGAAAUACCAAAAUUCGUGUGACUUUUGGUCUCUUCGUGAAAGCAGCACACAGAGUACACGCUUUUGCUAUAGCGCGUGUGCCAGGUGCAACAUUGUUACAUUUGUAUACAUUUCUGGAGUCAAAUUGUCUCUUCAUGAAAACCAAAAAACCAGUUUUGCCCAUGGUUUGAUCUUUUUGUCAACGUUAUAUCUAUGGAAGACAAAAUUGUCUCUUUGUGAAAACCAAAAAAUGGGUUUUGUUGAAUAUUACACCACAUGGAUCACCGUGAUUUGGGUGAUUUGAGUAGAUUUGGUUAGAAAUGAUUACAUCAAGUUGUAGGCAUUACAUAGCCUUGUUGAUUUUGCCAAAAAACAAAAACUUGAAAAAAAUCAUGAUUUGGGGUCAAAUUGUCUCUUCGUGAAAACUGUGUCGAUAUGACAAUGCACAUGUAAACGAAGUGUGCUCUUAUCAUUGAAGGUGCCCAGUUUAGGGAAGCAUUUUGUCGUCCGACUUAGCCCUGCUGGUAAACUAAAUCAGUUGCUGUAAUGGAAGAAAGUCCCUUUUUUUCACUAUGUCAGGUUGACAUUAAUUCAGAUUGAUUACAGAUAGUGUCAUGAAAAAUUUGACCUGAACUUGCUGUCAAUGGAUCAUAACAUUGAUGUUUGGAAGACUGAGGAUUCCGUCUCUGGACAAGUCAUUCAGAAACCAGACACGCCAUAAAAAAUGUAGUUGAGGUGCGAGGCACAGACACAACCCCUAUACCCUCCGUCAUACAUCCAGAUGCAUGAUAAAUCUCGCGGUAAAAUCUUGAUAACUUGAACCUCCAGGGAAGGGAUGAAAACUUCGAGCUGACGAGAAGUCCUUUACAUUCAAGUCAUGCUUACAUGUUUAUGACAUGCUGGUCAAAACGUGAUCCACCGCUGAGGUGUCCUGUUUCUAGAUAACAUCAGCAUUUGGCACAUUGAUGGCAGAUUUCCCGCUAUAAAUCUGAAACACGUUUGCUGAACUGAGAAUGAAAGGACGCAUUAAUUAAAGGUCCAUCAAAGGUAACUGAAUUUACAGGGGUGAACGUCACAAAGACAGUAACACUCACUCCCAAUCUCUCAUGGUUUUUCUGUCGUAAAAAAUGUCAAGGCAAGGACACUGUACUUAUUUUUGCAGUACGUAUUUUUUACAUGUUCGUCUUUCUGACAAACUCAAAUUGAUGUGUUAAAAGGGGCCAGUAAAGGGGCACCCUUUAACAUUUGAGAAAUUGUAAUAAAACGUUUGUGCCGUGAUCUUUGUUUCUUAGCUGUGUAAACAAAUUGCAGGCAGAAUAAAAGAGAUAUAAACUUAUGUAAA